GACAACUUAUCAAGAAGGAAAAUUUUGUCGGAUAAUGAGCUCUUAGAUAAGCAGAAUCAAGCUACUACGACUAAAAUAGUUGAUGCAUUUGGAUCCUUAUCAACACCGAUAACUACGGCUAAUCUUCAACAAAACCAGCAACGUGUGUCAUCUGCAGAUGGUCCAAAUCAGUCCGCUGAAAGUUCUGGAAUUAAUGAUUUUGAUAUAUCUGGAAUUAGACCACGACAGAGCGAUGAUUAUUCUUCGCGAAUUUCUCUUAAAGAAAUUUACAACGACAACAAAAUCAUCAAAAAAGCGCUACUUGAACUUACGGAAAAUGUGAAAAUUUUAAGUGCGCAGCGUAAUGCAACUGAAGAAAAUGAUGAAAUGGUUGAAAUCGGAAACAAAGGAAGCGGAAUUUUCAUAACCAAAGUUCAAUGGGACACUGCAAAAAGCAAAUCAACUUACAAUUCCAUGGGGACUGCAUUGGUGAUGGCUAUGUUUCCCAUUGAUGUAUUAUUGAAGAAUAACUUAAGGGGAGGAAAAUCAAAAUUUAAGUUUUCGACAGAGCAACGAGUUGGAUUGGAUAAAAAUAUCAUGGAUGCUAUCCGUGUUACUGUCAAGAAGCAACACCCUCAAUCUUAUCAACGUGGUUUUUUGGGGCAAAGUAUUAACAACUUUUUAAACGAUUUGCGCCGAAAACAUAAAGUCGAUAAUUGCGAG